CUUGCUCUUUUCAGAUUGGUUUAUCAAACACAAAAAGCAUGUUAAAAACAUGGCAAAGGGCUUAAGAAAAUAAUUGGAGGUUCCAAAGAGAGGAAAAAGAUAUUUGCAGAUCAUUGGAAUAUGUUGACAGAUGAAAGUGAAGAUUUUGUGGUACAGAGCAUUGCAAGCUUCCUGAAAUAAUAUGAAGAGCUGGCUGGUCUUUCUUAUUCCAUUUCUUCUUCUGACAUUUUGUCCUUCCCUAAAUGGUAAGUUGUGUAGGCGGCUGACAAAUUUUUUUACCAGGGAAGUUGGGUGUUGCCAGAUUCCUUAUGGGUUGGAUCUAACUCGAUUGUACUUGGGGCCCAAUGAAAUCAGUGUGAGAAAAAUAGAGGUUAUUAACUUAAGUCCCUAACAACUUAAAUCCUUUACUAACCUAAGUCAUUAUCAACUAAAAUACUACUAACCUAUAACCUAUAACACAAUCCUAUACAUAUCCACUCAGAAAGCCCCAGCAGGACUUAGUCCUGGAAAAAUGUGCAUAGGAUUGUGGCAUUAGUGUGGAACCAACACUUAAAAAAACAAGUUAGUUUCACCAGAAUGGUAGAACUAAAACUUCAGGUAGGAAUAGAGAUGGGAAGGCCUGGGGGGGGAAAAAACGGAAAAAAAUGACUGGCAGAAUCCGAGACCAGGGAGAAGAUCGGUGGAAGAAGAUUGGAAGAAAUUUAAAGACUACUUACAGAAAUAUUGUAAAAUUAAUGAAUGUUAGAAUGAUGUUGGAUUGAAGUUAAGUGGUUUCUAGCUGUAAUGGUAUAAAAGAAUAUGGAAAAAUUGGAUUUUCAAUACGUAAAAACCUAAUGCUAUAAUAUAUUAAGAUUAAAGAUCAGGAUUAAAAAGGAGGGAAAGGAAUUGCUGGACUAAUAAAUUGAACUGGAAUACAAAAAAGGGAGGUAUGAGGAGGUCCGGGAAACAAGUAAAUGUAAGAGAAGUGAUGAAAAGAUGGAAUUGUUUUUAAUUGUUUUUUUUGUAUUUUGUAUUUUUCUUUUUUCUAUUUUUCUCUUUCUUAUUUAUGUAUCCUUCUUUUGAAACCUUAAUAAAUAUCAUUUAAAAAAAAAACUGGAAAAAAUGGGGGGAGGGACAGGUUUCCCCCCGUUUUUUUCUGAAGCCGUUUUUUCCCGGAAAAAUUGAAAAAAAAUAAUACUUUGAUAUAGUUUGAAUAUUCCAUACACUAUUUUUUUUUCUUCAAAUUUUUCCUGGGGGAAAAAAAGGCUUUGGAAAAAACCCAAAAAAACCUGUUCCCUCCCCCCAAUUUUUCCAUUUUUUCCCAGGCCUUCCAGCACCCACACUUUGGAGCUCCUUGCCAAUUGACACCAGGCAGCUGCUCUCACUACUCUUCCUGGCAACUGCUCAAAACAUUUUCGUUAGGGCCAGCCCAUCUGAACAUGUAGAAGCUGCAUGCAAUUUACUUCCUUUUAACCACUGCUGACUUUAAUCAUCGAUUGCAGCGGUUCUCAACCUGGGGGGUCCCCAGAUGUUGUUGGACUACAACUCCCAUCAUCCCUGAGCUCUGGCCUUGCUACCUAGGUGUGAUGGGAGUUGUAGUUCAACAACAUCUGGGGACCCACAGGCUGAGAAAGGCUGAUCUAUUGAAUACUCUUAAAUGCCUGCUUUUAACUGUGUUUUAUCAAUCAUUUUAAUAUUCUGUUGUAUAUUUUUGUAAACUGCUUAGAAAGCUCUCUUACCAUCAUGCGGUUUAUAAUAUAUAAUAACAAAAUCAAUUCAACACACACACACACUCCUUUUCCUUUCAAACAGAGUUUGAGCCUUAGUGCAACAUACUAUUCAGUAACUGGAUGUUGGUUACUUCUGGGCCUGGCAUGCAAAAAAAUUUGCAUUAUGCUUUGCCCUGGCUAUCCUCAAGCAGAUAUGGAAAGACCUGGAGGGCGGGGACAGAAAAAUUGGGGGAAAACAGGUUUUCCCCUGUUUUUUUCCAAAGCUGUUUUUUAGAAAUCCAUGAGAAAAAUUACAAAGAGGAAGAGCAAGAAGAAAUAGAAAACGAUAGCAGUAGUUCAGAAAAUGAGAUAGAAUAAACCACAUGUAUAUGUUGUGUCUUCUCUCUCCUUUUAAAGCACUACUCAAAGGGUAGACCUUCUAUGGAGCUUAAAUAUUGAAGUGGAAUUUACUGUAAUUUUAUUUGCUGUUGGUGCUAAGGGGCAAAUCUGAUUAUUUUUUAUGCUGAUGGUUUCUUGCUUUUUUUGUUGCUUUUGAGGGAAAGGGGGUGGUUACAUGUUUUAUUGCAAGCAUAAUACAGUGGUACCUUGGGUUACACAUGCUUCAGGUUACAUACGCUUCAGGUUACAGACUCCGCUAACCCAGAAAUAGUACCUCGGGUUAAGAACUUUGCUUCAGGAUGAAAACAGAAAUUGUGCUCCAGCGGCGCGGCAGCAGCAAGAGGCCCCAUUAGCUAAAGUGGUGCUUCAGGUUAAGAACAGUUUCAGGUUAAGAACGGACCUCCAGAACACAUUAAGUACUUAACCCGAGGUACCACUGUACUUUUAUCUACACCAGGGGUCAUCAAGGUUCACUGCUGAGGAGCCCCCUCUGUGGGCCAGAUCACGGGCAUGCGUGAGCGCACCCGCCCACGAUUUCCGACAUCUGCAUCUGCGCAGACAUGAUUUUUGGCGUCUGCACAUGCGCAGGUGUGGUUUUCAGUGCCGUGGAAGCGUGUCCCCAUACUACGCUGCGCUGCUUUAGCUCAGUGUGUGGUACUCACUGAGCGUGCGGCUCGGUUUGGGGGUGGCUUGUGGGCCAGUUAAACGACCCCCAUGGGCCGCUAGUGGCCCAUGGGCCUUAGGUUAUCUACCGUUGUUCUACACUGUGUUUCACGCAAUUUGUAAAACUACUCCACACUGAACUUUUUUUCAAUUUUUCCAAAAUUUCCAGUUUUUCCAGAAAAAAAUAGGGGGGGGGGUUCUCAUGGCUUCAAAUUUUUUUUCUCAUGGCUUCCUGAAAUUUUGCAGCUCUAGGUAGGAAUCAUAAACUGCAUUCCCCCCUCCAUUAUGGCAGGGUUUCCCAAAGUUGGGUCUCGAGCUCUUUUUGAACUACAAUUCCCAUCACCCCUGACUGGUACCACUAGCUAAGGAUGUUGGGAGUUGUAGUCCAAAAACAGCUAGAGACCUGCUAUCUGCUUAAGUAUCUGAGUUGUGGUGCAAUGAAGGGAGAUUAAAGUUAUGAGGCCAACAUUUUUAUUGCAUAAUUCCAACUCAGUUCUUUUUCACUUCCUUCAAAUUCUUUAAAAUUUACAGGUCAAAGGGUGCCAUCUAUUGUUGAUUUUACUGAUGUUAUUUUAAUUGAAGACUGCCGACCACCACCAAUAAGAGACCAUGAAGAACUUGCAGACAUAUCAGACAAAAAGUCCUAUUCGCACGGGGAUGAAGUAAUUUACAAUUGCCAGCCUGGGUAUAUAAAAUUUGGGCGCAUAAAACUGCGGUGUAACAAUGGAAAAUGGGUACAAUCCACACCACAUGUGCAAUGCAGAAGUAAGCAGAAACAUAACUUUAUAAAAUUCACAAUCACAAGCUAUUGAAAUAUUUGAACAGUUUAUUUUUUCUCUCCUUGUGAUAAGCCUUGGGAUGGCCCAUUUUUUUUUUAAAAAAAAACAAAACAGCAACAACAAGGCAAUGCAAAAUUGCAUUUCACUUUGUAGCCACUAAACCUUUUUCUGUUUACUUUGGGUUUCAUAUAAUUGGAGGUCUAAGACCACCAGAGUUGGUAAGGACAAGAAUGUGCCCUAGUCUUGUGGAUAAGCAGAGGGCUGGUAAAGGUAAAGGUAAAGGGACUCCUGACCGUUAGGUCCAGUCGUGGCCAACUCUGGGGUUGCGGCACUCAUCUCGCUUUACUGGCCGAGGGAGCCGGCGUUUGUCCGCAGACAGCUUCACGGUCAUGUGGCCAGCAUGACUAAGCCGCUUCUGGCGAACCAGAGCAGCGCACGGAAACGCCGUUUACCUUCCCGCCGGAGCAGUACCUAUUUAUCUACUUGCACUUUAAUGUGCUUUCAAACUGCUAGGUUGGCAGGAGCAGGGACCGAGCAACAGGAGCUCACCCCAUCACGGGGAUUCGAACCGCCGACCUUCUGAUUGGCAAGUCCCAGGCUCUGUGGUUUAACCCACAGCGCCAUCUGUGUCCCUGCUGGUAAAGAGGGCUGGAGAGCUCUGCAAAACUUGCAAAGGAUCAGCUGGAGGCACACUUGUCCAGGAUCCCGUGACUUAACCAAUAAUUGGAACUCCCCAUUCCCCCCCCCCCUUGUUUCUGGGGUUGCUUUGACUUAAAAAAAGAGCUGGGGACAUAAAAUACCAGGUAGGAGACAUUUCAGGGAUGUUAUGCAGCAGUGGGGCUGGAAAGGGACUGGGAGAUGCUCUAAGCAUCUCCCAUCACUACAGUUAUCACUACGAACAACAUCAUCUCCCUUGUUAAGCUUUAUAAAAGAAGGCAUUUGAUAUGACAGCAUCAUGUUAAGACUUUCCCCACAAAUCUGUCUAUAAGAGGCACCCAGUGAAUCAGAGCAGGGAUGGGGAAAGUCUGAGCAUGAUGAUGUCACGUGUCUUCCUUGACUUCAUGUUACUGGAAAGAAAGGAAGAGGAGAUUCGAGGUUGAUCUUCUUGGCAGCCUUCAUACAUUUCUCACAGCAUAGCAUCGUUUUCAAGCACAUUCUUAUAGCCAUAAGUGUUAUCUUUCUUUACACUUAAUUUUCUUAAUUUCCAGAAAGGCCUUGUGGACAUCCUGGACAUAUCAAAUUUGGCUCUUUAGAACUUGUUAAUGGAGACGAAUUUGUCUUUGGUGCUCGUGUCGUGUAUCGGUGCAAUGAAGGGUAAAUAUCCCCUCUGUUGGUGCAAUGAAGGGUAAAUAUCCCCCACCCCUCUUCAGAUAUUUAGUCAUGGUAGUAUCUUUAGGACAGCUGUUAUAUAUAUAUACAUAUAUAAAUGGAUGUGGGUGGCAUUGUGGUCUAAACCACUGAGCCUCUUGGGCUUGCUGAUCAGAAGGUCAGCAGUUCGAGUCCCCACGAUGGGGUGAGCUCCUGUUACUCUGUCCCAGCUCCUGCCAACCUAGCAGUUCGAAAGCACAACAGUGCAAGUAGAUAAUUAGGCUGUGGCAGGAAGGCAGGAAGUGUUUCCUGGUUUCCAUCACAGUGUCUCGUUGUGCCAGAAACAGUUUAGUUAUGUUGGCCGCAUGACCCAGAUAAUUGUCUGUGGACAAACGCCAGCUCCCUCGGUCUGAAAGCGAGAUGAGCGCCGAAACCCCAUAGUCACCUUUGACUGGACUUAACCGUCCAGGGGUCCUUUACUUUUAUUUUUUGACUAUAUGUGCAUAUAUAUAAUGCAUAUAAUGUAUAUAAUGCAAGUACCCAAGUGAAUACUCAGAAGGACCCAACAGAGCUUCUGUCAUGCAGUAACAGAUAAAUCGUAAAACUGGGAAACAACAAGCAAUGGGAAAACUCUAUUGAGAUUGCUCCCACUCCCCCAAUCAGGGGUUAAACCAGAAAUGUUAUGAGGGAUCAGAAGGUGUCCCCUCUGCCAUUUAUGUUGCCCUCGAACCAAUGCUAAGCAAACUCCUGCCAGCUCCCAGCUCCCAGAUCUCAGACACAUUCUGGCCUGCUUCCCUCCUCUUAAGGCUUGGUAAUCCUCCCUGUGAUGGAUACUGGGGAGGAAGAUUUGUUCAAGGGCUCCUGCAAUCCCCAGGGUCUAGCCAUAUUGUGGUGCUAAUCUGGUUAUAAUGACCGAAGGGAUGAGGAGAGAGAGAAAUCUCUUCUACCCUAUUUGCCUUCUUUCUGCAAAAACUCCUAGCCUUAAGAACAAGGUGAGCAAGGAAGGAGUGUGUUUGUAUAUUGGAAGGAGUUGUAUAUUGGAAGGAGUUGGCGAGAGCCAGUGUGGUGUAGUGGUUAAGAGCAGUGGACUCGUAAUCUGGGGAACCGGAUUCGCUUCCGCGCUCCUCCACAUGUAGCUGCUGGGUGACCUUGUGCCAGUCACACUUCUCUGAAGUCUCUCAGCCCCACUCACCUCACAGCGUGUUUGUUGUGGGGGAGGAAGGGAAAGGAGAAUGUUAGCCGCUUUGAGACUCCUUCGGGUAGUGAUAAAGCGAGAUAUCAAAUCCAAACUCUUCUUCUUCUUCCUCUCCCUGAUACUCAGUUUUCAACAUUCAGCCAGUAUGGGGAAACUGAGGAUUUGAAUACUCACCUCGCUUUAGUGACCAGCUCUCCUGAAUCCAUUCAAUUUGAGUCUGAGCUAACCUGUGGUGAACACGCAUGCCAUCUCUAGAGAAAAAAAACCUAGAAAAUAAUCCUGCUUUUCUAGAAGUAUUUGUUUGAGUCUCAAUGUGUUUCAGCGUUAUUCCAAAGCUGCUCCUGUCAUGUAAUUAUUUGGUUUUAAAAUGUUUCGGUUUCAUUUUAAAAAAAACUUGCAGGUUUCAGAUGCUCAGUCCUACAGACUUCCGUGAUUGUCGUGCAGAUGGAUGGAGCAAUGAGGUCCCUCGUUGUGAAGGUAAGUGGACCUCUACAGAUCUUGACUGAGACUCAAAGUACUGCAGAAUUGCUUGAGUUUUUACUAGGUGUCUCCUCAUAGUUUUCUCCUGCCCAUCCCUCUCUCUUGUUCUCGCAGCAACUGCUGCCCCCAUAUCCCUGAAAAGCUCCUCCUGGAGGCCAGAGAAACCACAGAGCAGCUUUUCAAGAUGCUGCAGUUGAACGCUUAGCAACUCUUUGUGUUUGUCUGGAUGUGCUUUCAACAUGGGCACAGGGACUGAAUCUGAGCCUUUGCCCUUUGCAGUGAGUGGAACAUUCUGGUUUGGUUUUUUGGGCUUACCUUUUUAUUUUAUCUUUUCCAAAGCAAAGAACUGUGCCUACGUCCGAAUAGAGAAUGGAUUCCUAGCUAGCAAGUACGAACACUCUAAAAACAACUAUUUUCCAAGCAGCAUUGGACAAGUGAUUUCCUACAGUUGCCAUCCUGGUUUCCUGACCCCAAAUAAAGAAGAAUGGCCUAGAAUUACAUGCACCAAAUUUGGAUGGAAUCCAGAACCGAAAUGCCUCAGUAAGUAGAUGUUUAUUGCAUUCUCCUCUUGGCUCAGAAAUAGAAAUAUAAGUCUAAUAGAAAAAUUAACUGUGGAGGCCUUGUGAGACUGGUAAGAAUAUAUAAAGCACAGUCGGAUGCUACAGACACAACUUCGAUCUUUUAUUGUGUUUCCAGUGAUCUUUUAUUGUGCUCUGUGAUUAAAGACACCACGUAAAACAACACCCAUCAUUGCUAGAGAGCUGUUACUGAAAAUAUUGCAUCUAUAGAUAGUAAUUGACACCAAGGAAGUUAUCCCUGAUAAAACUUAAUCUUUCUUGUAUGUUUUGGAGAGGGUGUGGCACAGUUGGUGCAUACUUCCACAUGAGAUGGGGUUGCACCAGGUACAAGUAUUUUAAAAGCUGGUAUGACGUGAGAUUGAUGAAAUUACAGUGGUACCUCUGGUUGUGAAUGGGAUCUGUUAUGGAGCCCCGUUCGCAACCUGAGCAGAACGCAACCCAUGUCUGCGUGUGCGCGGGGCACGGUUCGCCACUUCUGCGCAUGCGCAUGACGUCAUUUUGAGCGUCUGCACACAUGCAAGCAGCGAAACCUGGAAGUAACCCAUUCUGUUACUUCCGGGUUGCCGCGGGACACAACUUGAAAGGAUUUAACUUGAAGCAAACGUAACAAGAGGUAUGACUGUACUGGUCAAUAACGUAUGUUUUCUGAGUUUUUCUUUAGCAACUAGCAACUGACUGACUUGUAUCAUUUCUGGAUUUCUGUGCAUGCUAGGAAUAGUGUGCAUGCGUAAUGGCUUACAGGAGGUUCUGCCACUGCAACCAUACUUCCUCCAGGACUGUCUUUUAAAAUAACUUAACAAAAGAAAAUAUUGAAAUAAAAGCCCCCCGUGUGCUAAUCAGACUUAUAGACCUGUUAAAACAAGAUUGGGAGUCACAUACCGGUGAUUGGUUGACUGAAAAGAUGAGGAUAGCUAAUCAGAAUUAGGAAACUGGAAAUCAACAAGCAAGAAAGCAGAAAACAAAGAAAAGAUAUUAUCUCCUUUAAUCCAGCACACGGGGAGUCCCACCUUUGAAAUUAAUUGAAUUUGGAAUACAUUUAAAAAAUGUAAUCAAAUUUUUCACUAGGAUGGAGUAAUAAAACUACCUAUCCUGUAUUUUUGUUACUAUCCGUCCCUCUUCAUCCCCCUUUUUUGUGUAAACCCCAGAAAGGCACCACACUGUAGUAGCCAAGAAAAGUUAUCCGUGUGGGCACCAGACAAGCUUCCUUGAGAAAAGCAUUCCAGAGACAGGGCCCCAUUACUGACAAAGCUGUCUUAACUACUCUUUUUGCCUCUAGAGCAAUGUGACCCUUCACUACCAUUUGCACAUGGUAGAUUCAUUUUCCUAAAUCAGCAGACCUUCAGAGAAGGUGAAGAAAUUUCAUUUUCUUGUGAUGAGGGCGAUGAUGCUCCACAUGCAGAAGGAACAGCCACAUGCACAAAAAAUGGCUGGUCGCCUGCUCCACGUUGCGACACGAAAAGUGAGUGCUAUUCGCGGUAUCUUAUCUGAGAAUAUAGAACCCGAGGAACUGUUCUGCUGUAAAUAGCAGGUUACAUGGUUUUCUUUGACUUCUUAAAGCUUAAACUGUGCAUGUUUACAAAUCCCAUGUGUGGCAGAGAAAAGAAGGCAUUGGCAGCAGCCACCCCUUCUAUAUCCUCUUCACAGGGUAAAACAACCACUAGCACUCUGGGUAUGCACCACACAUGUGGUGGAUUGAGCUGAACUUGGGAGAACUUGCAGCUCUUUAGAACAGGCAUAGGCAAACUCGGCCCUCCAGAUGUUUUUGGCCUACAACUCCCAUGAUCCCUAGCUAACAGGACCAGUGAUCAGGCAUGAUGGGAAUUAUAGUCCCAAAACAUCUGGAGGGCCAAGUUUGCCUAUGCCUGCUUUAGAAUCUCUCUAUCCCUCUUGACAUUUUUGUUGCUGCUACCACUAGCCCAGAGAAAGAAGUGUAGAAAAGUGUACAGUGGUACCUCACUCCGGAGGUCCGUUCUUAACCUGAAACUGUUCUUAACCUGAAGCACCACUUUAGCUAAUGGGGCCUCCUGCUGCUGCUGCUGCUGCUGCUGCACCGCCACCACACGAUUUCUCUUCUCAUCCUGAAGCAAAGUUCUUAACCCGAGGUACUAUUUUUGGGUUAGCGGAGUCUGUAACCUGAAGCGUAUGUAACCCAAGGUACCACUGUAGUUGGUUGCCCUUUGUCUUGGGCCCAGCUCCAGAGUACAAUUUAUAUGCUGCUUAAUUAUAAUUAUCUCUAAGCACAAGUAACUCAAAAGAGUAAAGGUAAAAAAAAGAGAGUUAAAACUAUAAAAUCAGUAUUCAGUUAAAAUGCCCAGUGAAGUAAAAGUCUUCAGUAGGUCAAGUCUUCAGUAGAGGUCCACCCCAUCCAAUAUUUAGGUCAACCCUCUCUGACCUCAACUGGGAGUUCCAUAAAAGUGUGUCCACAAAACUGCACACACUGUUCCUGUGGUGGAAUCUGAGCCAUGGGGGACCACAGCCAGUGAAUCUAUAGAAGACCUCUGUGAUUGGGCAAACAUAGAAUGAAUCAGGCAGUUCUUAAGCUAUCCUGGGCCCAAGUUGCUAAAGGCCUUUUGAAUUAAUACAAGAAUAGUUGCAACACAAGUGGCAGAAGGAUGGUUUUUGAGGCUCUAGGAAACUAUGGUCAAAAUCCAGGAAGCUACCGAGGUUCAGAAAAAAAGGGGGCUUUGCAGUCUCAUAGCUGGUGCAAUCAAGCUCUGAAAUGUCGCAGCCCACCAAUCUAUAGGGUUUCCAAGGCUUUCUAUCCUGCCUCUGCUUGCUGUCUUCUUAGCCAGCUUGUUCUUGUUAUUUGUAGUUUACCAGGAGGCCAGUAAAGCUUUUCUCCUUAGAAGCCUUAUGGGUUUAAAUGUAAAUGCUGUGAUUUGCAUCCCUGUAUUGGGGGUGGGGUGGGGUUAAAUUUAAUCCUUCUCUUCCCACACUAUAUUACAAUGUAGGAGCCAACCUGGGCAACAGUGUUUAUAAAGGGGAGGUUGGGUACAUGUGUAAAGACAACAUGACCACAUCUGGUCACACUGUGUAAAUCAAUAAAUGUGCUGACAUUAUUGUUGAUGAAUUGCACCUAAUGCUCUUGAUCAGCGAUUUUAUAUGCAGAGUGGAUAUACAGCACUGCCUGUGAGCACCAACUGAAAAGGUCCUCAGCAAAAACUGGAUGGCCAGUCCUCAAGACAGAGUGAUGGAUUUGCUCUAGCAAAACCAUUCUAAUAAUUUGAUGCUGACACCUUCUUUUCUUUCAUAAAACAUCUCUUUCCAUUUCAAAUGACACGAUACAGUGGUACCUCGGUUUCCGAGCGUAUAACCAGCUUCAAGUCUCUCUCCAGUACAUUAGUUUCAAGCUAACAUAGUAAAACUAAGAUGCUAAAAAUAAUAAUAGCUAUGUUUAGUUAUAUUAAUCUCUUUUCCUCAACAUUUCGUCCAGCAAUAUGUGAAGGUCUCCUGUUGGAGCAUGGGGAUAUUCAGCCAAGAAAAGACCAGUAUCAACCCAACGAUGUUUUGCAAUUUUUCUGUCAUGAAGGAUUCACAAUAGUUGGUCCUGCUUCUGCCCAGUGUUAUCCCUUUGGCUGGUCUCCACUGCCUCCCCGCUGUAAAGGUACCUAUUUCUCCACAGACUAUUAAAGGAAGUUCCGUCACAAAUGUGCUUUGUGUUCUUAUAAGUGUGCGUACCUUAUUUGGUCAGGCACCAUUGUCCUGUGUUCUUUGUUAGUCAGAGAGGAGGCAAAGUGCUCAUCCUAGGGAAGAUGACAACAGCCUUUUCGUUGUGGCCGUUUACCUCCAUGUUUUGAUAAAUUUGUUUUCUUGUGUAUUUUAAUUUGUACUAUUUUAUAAUUGGUUUUAUAGUUGUAAACCACUUUGAAGCCACCUUACCAAUUAAGCCGUAUAAGUAUAAAUUAAUUAUGAUAAAUAAAUAAUAAUAACAAUAAUUUAUUGUGGUGUGUGAAGAAGGGACUCUCCAGUUGAUGCCAAUGGAUGAGUAGGCUCAUGAAAAUUAUGAGAUUAGAACCCAUAGUUGGUGCUGGGACCUUUCCUCCCAACUGUCUCAUCCCUCCUAGCUGAAACUCAGGGAACUGAGCAGCUGCAGUGCCUGGAAUAGUUGUGAAAACUGGGCAUUAGGCUGUAAUUCAAUUUUAAAUGUAAGCCAUCUGGAGAUCUUGGUAACAAGUGACUAAUAAAUCUGUUGUUGUUGUUGUUGAUGUUGUUAGUGUAAAUACCUGUCUAUAGUAAAGGUAAAGAUAAAGGACACCUGGAUGGUUAAGUCCAGUCAAAGGCGACUAUGGGGUUGCAGAGCUCACCUCUCUUUCAGGCUGACGGAGCCGCCGUUUGUCUGCAUACAGCUUUCCUGGUCAUGUGGCCAGCAGGACUAAACCACUUCUGGUGCAACACUGUGAUGGAAGCCAGAGCGCACAGAAACGCCAUUUACCUUCCCUCUGCAGUGGUACCUAUUUAUCUACUUGCACUGGCAUGCUUUCGAACUGCUAGGUUGGCAGGAGCUGGGACAGAGCAACAGGAGCUCACUCCGCCAUGGGGAUUCAAACUGCUGACCUUUCCUAUCAGUGGUUUAGACCACAGUGCCAUCUGUGUCACCUGUGAAUAGUGUUGUGCAAACCUUAUUAGGUGAGGAAUUAUGUUUGCUUACUUCUAGAACAAGUCAAGCACUGUAAGGCACCAGCCAACAUUAGGAAUGGCAGUAUUAUUGAUGAUCUUCUUGAAGAAUACCACCAUGGUGACCAAGUGGAAUAUGAGUGUAACAUCAAAUUUGUGAUGACUGGAUCAAAGAUAAUAGAGUGUGUUGAUGGGAAAUGGACAUCUGUACCUUCUUGUACAGGUAAGCCAUGGUUGCAAUCCGUAUAAAAUACGUGUGUACACAGUGUACUCUGUGUGUGUAAUCAUUUUCCAUGAUUCUAUGUAGUCCAAUGAUUCCUGUAUCCGAGAAAGCGGAAGAGAACAUCUUAAAUAUUCUCUUCUGAUUUCUCUGCUCUGAAAUUAUCUUAAAUGUUGUGUACAGGCUCCUUUCCCCAGCUUCAAUAAUACUAACAUAAAUGUAUCAACCAGGUUUAAAACAACAAUAUAUUUCUUGCACCACAUUAAGUAAUUGCAAUGGCAUGUGGCAAAUUAAUUUCCAAUGAAAAGGUGAAUCCUGAAAGUUUAUAUACUGACCCUUUCACUUGACACUGCCAGUGAACGCUUUGUGCCUGGAAUAUGAGUUAGGAACAGAGAGCUGUCCUUGACUUCUGAGAACAAUGGAUUUGCUACACUAAGUAAGAUCCUAUUUCAAUUAAUAAAGUUGCCUUCCGAUCAGGGUCUAAACACAAUCUGGAGUAUUUUCUUUCACAUUCCUUUAUGCCUUUUGCAGUAGAGGAAAAGAAAUGUGGUCCACCACCCAGUAUUCCAAAUGGACAUGCAGCUGGAACACUCAGAGAAGAAUAUAUUCACGGUGAGGAUGUGGAAUAUGAAUGUGAAGAAAACUUCGUCAUCGUUCAGACCAGCUUAGCCAGGUGUCUUCAUGGACUUUGGGAAUUACCUAGAUGUGCAGGUAAGCAGAGCUCAUAGUUUACUAAGCUGUGAUUCUCACCGUAGUAUCUAUGGGGUUGUGCUAUUAUGAAGUGUCCAAAACUCAUACUUGUGUAGGGAUGUCCCAAAUUACAAAAUUCAUCUCAUCUUGGUCUUGGUUGAAAUAAAUCCAUACAAUAUCUAAGAAGCCCAUACAGUGGUACCUUGGGUUAAGUACUUAAUUCGUUCUGGAGGUCCAUUCUUAACCUGAAACUGUUCUUAACCUGAAGCACCACUUUAGCUAAUGGGGCCUCCUGCUGCUGCCGCGCCGCCGGAGCCCAAUUUCUGUUCUUAUCCUGAAGCAAAGUUCUUAACCUGAAGCACUAUUUCUGGGUUAGUGGAGUGUGUAACCUGAAGCGUAUGUAACCCGAGGUACCACUGUACAUUAUUAUUUUUUGUUGGUCAAAAAGCAAAAUAACCUUCACAACAAAGUGGCCCAAUAUGUGAAUGCACUUAUUAUGGGAUUUUAUUUUAUUUUUGUGAGUAUGGAAGAGUAACAACAUGAUGCUCCUCCAAGUACAUUCUAUGUAGCCUUGAGCAACUCAUUGCAUCUCAGCCUCAGUUUCCUGUCUGUAAAAUUGAGAAUAAUUUUGAUCUCUUUGCCGCAAAGAUUAAUUUCCAUAAAUUCUCUCUCUGUGUGUAUAUAUAUAAAGGUAAAGGUAGAGGGACUCCUGACCAUUAGGUCCAGUCGCGGACGACUCUAGGGUUGCGGCGCUCAUCUCACUUUAUUGGCUGAGGGAGCCGGCAUACAGCUUCUGGGUCAUGUGGCCAGGAUGACCAAGCCACUUCUGGCAAACCAGAGGAGUGCACGGAAAUGCCGUUUACCUUCCCGCUGGAGCGGUACCUAUUUAUCUACUUGCACUUUGACGUGCUUUCAAACUGCUAGGUUGGCAGGAGCAGGGACUGAGCAAUGGGAGCUCACCCCGUCGUGGGGAUUCAAACCACCGACCUUCUGAUCGGCAAGUCCUAGGCUCUGUGGUUUAACCCACAGUGCCACCUGCGUCCCACAUGUAUAUAUAGAGAGAGAGAGAGAGAGAGAGAGAGAGUUUGAGAACUUAUCCAGACAUUUUCAGGCUUAUUAAUUCAUGUAAAUGUGUAUGCCUUAGCUAUUAAGCCACCUCACUUGAACAAUAUUUGAAUUAUUAGAUUUUUCAACAAAAUGUGCACGUCCAAAUAUGCCUAAGAAUGCAACUUUUGCAUCAGCUGUUCCUCUGAAAAGUCAGUAUGACAACAAUGAUGUCCUCAGCUAUAUCUGUGAUUCCAGGCUUCGUGAAGCUAAAUGUGUUGAGGGAGAAUGGUUACCCAAACCGGAAUGCAAAGGUACGUUCUUUUUUCCGUUGCUUUCUUAACUUAGGUAACUGACAUAGCUGGUAGUCAAAAACUGAAGGAAAAAUGCAAAUACAAUAUACAUUGGGGCAUGUUGCAUCCUCAGAAAGGAGGUAUUUCCAUUUUGAAUUUUGUUUCCUUUUGAGGGGAGUGAGAUUUCCGCCUAUUCACUUCUCCAGCCCUUACUCCUGACUGAUGUACUCACGAGGGGAAAUACCGAAGAAUAACAGUUUGCAAAUGCAUUUGUAGGUUGGUCGUGCUUCUUUCGCAAAGCCGAGACAAAACUCAACAACAGAGGCUCAAAAGCAGCUGUAAAAACAAACCACCACCAAGUGAAACCACAACAUAGAUUAUUUUUAUUCCUUCUUUGAUAUCUUAAUUUGGGGACAGAAUUGGCUCUCCUGGUGAGGCUUGAGCUGUGUGACUAAUAGCCUCUAAUUUUUUAUUUCAAUAUUACAGAGAGAGGCUAUAGAACCCAGCCUCUUGAAUAAUGGCUUCCUGUCUAACAGCCCUUCCCUGAGUUGACUCUGAGAAGGGAUUGGAUCAGCUCCCCCCUCCUCCCUUUCUGACAAACUACUUCCGUCUUUGUUCCCUCCUGAUCUCUCCACUGUUCAUCCUGCAUGAAAGUUAACCCUUUCCAUUCCUGGCUGCUUCCUUCAGUUGUCUGCAACCUUCACUGAGAGCUGGCUGUAACCCUUUACUGGGAGCUGGCUGCAAACCUUCACUGGGAGCUGGCUCUUUCCUCACACCAGCCCAGACUGGUUGUAACAGAUCCAGGCCACUUGGAGCAGUUGCUGGUCGGUUGGAACCAGUUUAAGCGGGUUGUAAUAGGACCAGGCUGGUUUGAACCGGUCUAGGCCGGUUUGAACCGGUCUGAGCUGGUUUGAACAGGUCUAGGCCAGUUUGAACUGUUCUAGACUGGUUUGAACUGAACUAGGCCAGUUUGAGGAGGUCUAAGCCAGUUUGAACCAGUCUAGGCCGAUUCGUUCCAGUCCAAGCCGGUUGGAACAGGUCUAGGCUGGUUUGAACCGGUCCAAGCCGGUUGGAACAGGUCCAAGCCAGUUGGAAACAGUUCAGACUGGUUGGAACAGGUUCAAGCCGGUUGGAACCAGUUCAGACCGGAAGGAACUGGUUUAGGCCGGUUUGAACUGGUCUAGGAUGGUUUGAACCGGUCUAGGCCAGUUUGAACUGGUCUAUGUCAGUUGGAACCGGUCCAAACAAGUUUGAACUGGUCCAAGCCAGUUUGAACAGGUUCAGACCGGUUGGAACUGUUCCAAGCCAGUUGGAACCGGUUCAGACUUGUUGGAACUAGUCCAAGCUGGUUUGAAAUGGUCCAGGCCAAUUGGAACCAGUUCAGACUGGUUAGAACCAGUUCAAAGCGGUUGGAACCGGUUCGGGCUGGUUGGAACUGGUUCAGACUGGUUGGAACAGGUUCAAACUGGUUGGAACUAGUCCAAGCCGAUUGGAACCAGUUCAGACCGGUUAGAACCUGUCCAAGCCGGUUUGAAAUGUUCAAAGCCGGUUGGAACCAGUUCCGACUGGCUGGAACCGAUUCAGACUGAUUGGAACUGGUUCCAACCGGCUUGGAACAUUUCAAACUGGCUUGGACCGGUACAAUCCAGUUUGAACCGAUCUAGGCCGGUUUGAACUGGUCUAUGUCAGUUGGAACCGGUUCAGACUGGUUUGAACUGGUCCAAGCCAGUUUGAAAUGUUCCAAGCCGGUUGGAACCAGUUCAGACUGGUUGGAACCAAUUCAGACUGGUUGGAACCAUUUCAGACUGGUUGGAACUGAUUCAGACAGGUUGGAACCGGUUUAAGCCGGUUGGAACCGGUUCAGACUGGUUGAAACUGCUUCAAGCCAGUUGGUACCGGUUCAGGCUGGUUGAAACCGGUUCAGACUGGUUGGAACUCGUCCAAGCUGGUUUGAACUAGUUCAGAGCGGUUAGAACCGGUCCAAGCCGUUUUGAACCGGUCUAUGCCAGUUGGAACCAGUUUAGACUGGUUUGAACCGGGUCCAAGCCGGUUGGAACCAGUUCAGACUGGUUGGAACCGGUUCAAACCGGGCUUACCUGUACCUGCCCCCCCCAAAUAUUUUAUUGAAGUUGGAAGAGGGAGGGAGGGAGGGAGGGAAGAGAGAUGGAGAGCUCACAUUUGUCCUAGGCAAAGCAGCCAAUUCCUAUGGGCCUAGGUGACUUCACCCCCUCCCCAUUAAAUAUUUGAGGGAGUCAUCCCCCACCCCCAUUGUGGUAUGUGAGUGGGGCUUACCUGGCUGUCCCCCCAAUUUUGUUGAAGUUGGAAGAGGGAGGGAGGGAAGAGAGAGGGGGAACUCACAUUUGUGCAGCUGCCUUGCCUCGAACCUGAGCAAAAAGAGGAGGAGGAGACUCAGGGACGCGAGCCUUGUAAGCCGCUUUGUUUGAAUUUUCUGGUGAGGUGCUGGGGGAGGGACGGAAGGGGAUGCCCUCUUUGUCCCUCCUUCCAGCUCAUUGUAAAGAAAGCAGAGUAAGAGCCGCUUACAUUUGUGUAAGGGAGAGCCAUAGAGCAGGCAGACAGGAGAAAGAGAGGCUGUCUCCCGACACUCAACUGUUGCUCAGCUGUUGCCGGCUUCCCAGCGAGCCAAGCGGAGGAAGAGAGGCUGCCGAACAGCCAGCAAGAGCGGCUCCUCCUUCCUGCAUUCACUCCAUAACGCGCACACACAUUUCCCUUUACCUUUUAGGGGGAAAAAACGGAGUGUUAUGGUGCGAAAAGUACGGUACUAACCUACCUCACAGAGUUGUUGUGGCGAUUAAAUGAGGUGGGGAAGAACCAUGUCCACCACUGGGAGCUCCUUGGAGGAAAAAGCAAUAAAAUGAAUACAAUAAUAAUAGCAUAUGUUUGAUAUGUUGUUGUUGUCAUUGUCGUUGUAGACCUGUGCCCACCUCCACCCCAGAUUCCUAAUGCCAUUGAUGUAGCUGAGCCGAGAACCUACGAAAGUGGUGAACAGAUAAAUUUCCUGUGUGAGAAGCUGUUUGUGCUUCAAGGGCCACAGAACAUAUCGUGCGAGGAUGGCAAGUGGCAAUUGCCCCCGCGCUGUGUUGGUUAGUAUGCUCUUACUUGAAUAUUUUGCCUUUGGGGAAAUUAAAUGAAGAUGCAUGCUGUGGUGUUAACACAUGAGAGUGCUGGAGGUGAAAUAGUUAAACAGGUUACCCAAUCAGGACCCAGGGGGGUGGAGUCAGAGGGACUAUAAAACCAGCUCUGGGAGGGGCAAAGGGAGGAGUUAUUUGGGAGCUGAGUGGUUGGUUGGAGUGGGAGUGAAUUGGGAUAGAGUUUGUGGGUAGGGUGAGUUAGUGUAGUGAAAUAAGCUGAGUCAGAAAUAGUUGGGGGCUAGGAAGACAAGUAAAUAUCUGAGAGGUGGUUAAUUUUUUUAAAAAAAUAUUAUAUAAUAUUUUUAUUAAAUACAAAUUAGAAAACAUACAUAUUCACAACAAAAGAAAAUACAAAGGAAAAAGAAAAUACAUCUAACCAAGGAAAAUGAAUUAGAGAAUAUUUUGUCUCUUUUCAUAUUUACAGUUUUUUAUAACUCUAUAAAAUGCUAUUCACAAUAAAGCAGUAAAAUGAAAGAUAAGAUAUCAGAAAAAGAAAAAAAGAACAAAGAAAGAAUAAAGAAGUAAAAGAAAAAGAUCAUAAGUGAAAAUUUUUAAAAGUAGAUAAGUACUCACAAUACAUAGCCCACAAUACAUAGCCUAUUGUACUGUGUACAAUACAUAGGCUAUGUACUGAGAGGUGGUUUAGUGCGUGAGAGCAGGUAGCGGAAGUUAUAGGACUGGAUAGGUACCCCAUGAUUGUAAUUGACCGAUACCGUUUAUGAAACCACACGCUUGUUAAACUGCAAUAAAUAAACAGAAGUUUAUGUUCCAAUUUAACCCUGACUGGACUCAGUAUUGUACCAGGUAGGGCUUGGGUGGUGGCAGUGAGAAACAAAGUGGUGGCACAGGGAUCAAUAGACGGUGAUCGCCACACAUGCUACAUUCUGUUUUGCCAAAGCAACACUGCAGGGACGCGGGUAGCUCUGUGGUCUAAACCACUGAGCCUCUUGGGCUUGCUGAUCGGAAGGUCGGUGGUUCAAAUCCCCGCGACGGGGUGAGUUCCUGUUGCUCUGUCCCAGCUCCUGCCAACCUAGCAGUUCGAAAGCACGCAGUGCAAGUAGAUGAAUAGGUACCACUGUGGCGGGAAGGAAGGUAAAUAGCUUGAAAAGAGGAUUGGAGAAAUUCAUGGAGAAGGCUAUUGAUACCUAUGCUUUGCACAUACCAGUUGCUACAAAUCACAGGAAGGGUGACUGCUCUUACGCUCAGAUCAGGCUUGUAGGUCUCCAACAGACAUUUGGCUGCCCACUAGAAGAACAGAACGCUGGAUUAGAAGGGCCAUUGACCCAUCAGGCUCUUCUUAUGUUCUUAUUUAAUAAUGGGGGUUCAAACCAGGGAUGUGGGUGCUGCUGUGGUCUAAACCACUGAACCUAUUGGGCUUGCCGCAAUGGGAUAAGCUCCUGUUGCUCUGCCCAGCUCCUGCCAACCUAGCAGUUCAAAAGCACACCAGUGCAAGUAGAUAAAUACCGUAUUUUUUGCUCCAUAAGACUCACUUUUUCCCUCUUAAAAUCUAAGGGGAAAUGUCUGUGCGUCUUAUGGAGCGAAUGUGUAGUCCCUGGGGCUGGGGGGGGGGGGGAACCCGGGCUUCCCCUGCCAGCCCCACCAAGCUCCUGAGCAGCUCUGGGGUAGCCCAUGAAGCCUCCGCAGGGGAGCAGGGAGCCUUCAUCCCGCAGCCCUGGGGAGGCUUCCCACGGCUAUCCCUGGCUUUUGCGGGAGGUGGGGGGAGGGACAGAGUGAGGCUCUCUCACUUCCCCCACCUCCCGCAAAAGCCCCCAAGAGCCACACUCCCUUUAAAAAGCCGCGCAGAGCAUGUGUGUGGCUCUUGAGGGCUUGGGGGAAAGCCUGCAAACGCCGCACACACGCUCCAGGCAGCUCAUGAAAGGGAGCGCUGAGCAGAGCCUGGAAUGCAUACAGGCUCCGCUCAGUGCUCCCUUUAAACAUAUUUUUCCCCCUUGAAUUACCCCCCCAAAAAAGUAGGUGCGCCUUAUGGUCAGGUGCGCCUUAUGGAGCGAAAAAUACGGUAGGUACUGCUGCGGCGGGAAAGUAACCGGCGUUUCCGUGCGCUCUGGUUUCCGUCAUGGUGUUCCGUUGCGCCAGAAGCGGCUUAGUCCUGCUGGCCACAUGACCCAGAAAGCUGUCUGUGGACAAACGCUGGCUCCCUCAGCCUGACAGCGAGAUGAGCGCUGCAACUCCAUAGUCGCCUUUGACUAGACUUAACUGUCCAGGGCUUCUUUACCUUACCUUACCAUUACUCAGUCUAGGUGUGCGUCUUUUAUGUUGAGUAUGUGUAUCUGCAACAAAAGACAAAUGCCGCCACCAUCACCCCGUUUUCUCUCUUAACAAUGAAACUGUGGCAGCAGCUGCCCCUUCCAAUUGAGGAAGUGAGAAGCUUCAACCCGUGUAAAACAUAACAAAGACAUCCUUUGUGUUACUUGACUUUAUUUCACUCGCCAAGGGUGCUUAAUGACUGAUUUAUAGAUGCCAUUUGCUUUGUAUGUGGCAUUGGGUUCCAGAAUGCUUGACUGGCGCACACUGGCAUCAGUACCAGCUUGCAACAAAGGGGCCAUCUCUGUGUGUUUGCUUGAACGGCACACUCACUGCUCAGAGUAAAGUCAAACCGCGGACACAGUCUUCGGCAUGCAAAGAGCGCCAAAUAAAGCAAGCAACACAGUAUGGCUAUAUUUCCAAGUUCAAUGCCAGAUUUGGCAUCCCUUGUAAGAGGAGCACAGGCACCGGCAUUUUCAUCCAUUUUCAUGUUUUUGCAUUGUAGAUGUAUCAACUGUCACCGGGCAGCACAGCACAGACUUUUCCAUUGCUCCUGGAAGCCAGAGCAACCCCAUGCCUGCGACAAGUGAUGGCAUUAGCAGCAGAGACCUUUUAGAUUUCUUACACACUAUCCAUGCCGCAGGUAAGUUAGCAGCCCUAAAGCAUAGGAUUGUGGUUUACAAAUGCACAUCAGGUCGGCUGCCAUUUCAUACGCCUUUGGUUUUUUUAUACAGUAAGAUCACUCGAGAGGCGCAUGGCCGUGCUUGAGCAGGAGCUGCAGGAGCUAAAGAGAGAGAGAAUGAAGACUAAGUAGCAAACCACCUGCAUUCUAGAAGCCAGUCCUGAAGAAUGGAAGGAGAACGUAAACAAGAACGUUAGAUCAUAGUCACGUGGCACACUGUUCCUGCAUCCAUUUCUUUUACUAAAGACUUUUUGGAAACCCACUGUGAAUUGUUUGCAAGGCACUUGAGGGCAAAGUCCCUUGCCUUUCUAGCAGUACUGUUUUUCUACCAUGAACGCCUCCCUUUUAAUGGCAAUGGUAUCCACCUGCGAGGUGCCAGAACUGGAGGUGCCACCUGCUUUCUAGCAAUCCCAGUGCCACAUCCCCACCUGCUACAGUCCCCAGUGAGGUGCCCAGAUGCUGCUUCAACUUCUUGGGGACAUUUUCAGUUGAUGCAGCCUAAUGACAUAGACAGGGACGCGGGUGGCGCUGUGGGUUAAACCACAGAGCCUAGGACUUGCCGAUCAGAAGGUCAGCGGUUCGAAUCCCCACGACGGGGUGAGCUCCCGUCACUUGGUCCCUGCUCCUGCCAACCUAGCAGUUCAAAAGCACAUCAAAGUGCAAGUAGAUAAAUAGGUACCGCUCCGGCAGGAAGGUAAACGGUGUUUCCAUGCGCUGCUCUGGUUUGCCAGAAGCGGCUUAGUCAUGCUGCCCACGUGACCCGGAAGCUGUACGCCGGCUCCCUCGGCCAAUAAAGCGAGAUGAGCACCGCAACCCUGGAGUCAGUCAUGACUGGACCUAAUGGUCAGGGGUCCCUUUACCUUUACCUUUAAUGACAUAGACAAGGUCCUCGUGGAGAUGCAGAUAGCAACAUGUCUGCUCAAACCUUGCUGCUCACGGCUUACUAAAACUUGCUGAGGGGGCAUGGCUGAGCAGGUAUUAUUACAUGGUUCUGCUCUUAACUGCCUGGUUGCUACCGAAAUGCAGUACUAGGAGAUGGUUGCAUUGUUCUGUGUUCUGUUUUAAGCUGUGAGGUCCUGUAAGAAUCCAUUCUGUAUCCUAUGAUAGUCAACAUCCAUGAGACUGCAGGGAGAUACCAAUCCAGGAUUUUGGUGCAUGGUCUCAUCGGUAUGCAGAAUACAGAUAACUCUCAUAUUCCAUUCCAUCAGAAUCAAGAUAAGUUGGGAAAGUGUUUGACUGAUGGGCAGGAUGGGUGCCAAUAGUAGGGCUGCCAUAUGUCCUCUUUUUCCAGGACAAGUCCUCUUUUUCAUGAUGAGACUCUCCAGAGAGAGCCAUAGUUAAAUGUGUCCUCUUUUUUUGCUCUUCAAAAUAUGGCAACCCUACAAUAAAGAGAGGCUUUAUCCUGAUAAGGCAGAGGUGCUGAGGGUGGUGCUUUGUUGUCCAGGAAGUAGUCAUGCAGCUUGUUCUGCCUUCCUCCUUUCCCUCUUAAAUACCUUGCAAGCUUUGCCACAACAGCACAAUUGUACAGCCUCUCUGCUCAUUCUGAUUUGCGCCUUUCCCUGGCAUCUAGCAUAAAACAAUCUUACUGUGUAUAGCAUAUUAAUCCUCUUUGUUGCACUGGGAGCUUUUUAAUAUGGCUUAAUAAAAAGAAAGACAGGAUCCAGAUCUAAUUGUGUGCAUAUUAAUCUCCCUAUUCUGUUUCUUAUUUGAGACCAAAAUCCCUUUGCUUUGUGACGAAGCCGCUAUAAAUAAAGUUUCCAAUGUGGAUCGUUCUACAUUUCCAGCAUUUAUUAGCUAAGUUUCCAGUUGUCUUCUGAAUUCUUUCAGGGUCCAUAUACCAGCUAUCAUUUUAUAGGAGUUAUCAUUAGCAUUUGACAUAAUGAAAACUUAAGGCCAGUUUCCCAAAUGUACUCAUAUGCACGAGUAGCUAGGUAGUGGAGCAGGGCUGCUCUUCCAGUAGGAGCAUCACUGAUGCUUACCUGGUUGGUAUGGGACCAGGGAGGUGGCAAGAAACAGGGCUGUGAGGGUGCACUGAUGCAAUCCUGACCUCACAGACAUACUCCCACACUGGACAGGUUGGUGGCAGUGACAUCACUUUUGGGAGGCUUCAAAUAUUUUGGUAUAUAUAUAAAAAGUCAUGUUGUGAUGACUGGUGCUUAGCAGCACUGAAAUUUAAAUGGAUCUGGUGAAUUUAUUCCAAUGGCUGAGUGAGGAAUCAGAUUUUUUUUUCCUGCUUGUGAGUUAAAACCCCUAGGUGUGCUGUGCCAUGGCUUAAUCUGGGUUUUACUAGCGUCACCAGAACCACUUUUUAUCUUUUUAAUUCUGUUGGGGACUUUAAAAGAGGAAGAUGAAAAGAGUGAAAGGAAAGAGAGUGAGUAGAAGAAAAUAAGAGAUGGUAAAAAACAGAGGGGAAAACACAGGGAGGAAAUGAGAAAAAUGAACAUACAUAUAUGGUUAAACACUAAACUUUGGAACGAGAGUCUAAAAUUCACUGCAUGCUCUGCUUUAAAAGAGAAUGUUAUGAAAAUGGUCUAUCAUUGGUAUCUCACUCCCACCAAACUGGCAAAAAUGUAUAGGACAAGUAGCAAAACUUGCUGGAAAGGCAAGGAAAAGGACGGUGAUUUUCACCACAUGUGGUGGUCAUGUAACAAAAUAAAAGAGUUUUGGGAAUCGAUCUAUAAUGAGUUAAAAAAAAGAUGUUUAAAUAUACUUUUCCAAAAAAGCCGGAAGAAUUUUUGCUAGGCUUGGUGGGAGAAAAUAUUAAGAAGACAGACCAAAGACUAUAUUUGUAUGCAACAACAGCAGCUAGAGUUUUGAUAGCCCAAAAGUGGAAGUCACAGGAGAUUCCGACUGUAAGGGAAUGGCAGAUAAAGUUGUUCGAAAACGCUGAAAUGGCAAAAUUGACACACAGAAUUCGCAAUCAGGAGGAGACGAAGUACCAAAAAGAAUGGAGUAAAUUUAUGGUUUAUAUAAGUGAGAAUUGUAGAAAUAUGAAAACGUUGGCAGGAUUGAAUUAAAUCUUAUGUCACGGUGUAAUUUUUAACCCAUGAAACUGUGAAUUAUAGAUUGGAAUAAGAAAACUUGUGGAAGGGAAGGACGGAAGUCAAUGGCUCUAUGGAGCAUAAAGUAGGAUAUAUGUAAUAAGAUGUGAUGUCUUUGUUGGUUGGUGUUGGUGUUCUUAAAUCUCAGUAAAAAACGUUUGGGGGAAAAAUACAUAUAUGGUUAAACAUUGAAAAGUGAUUUCCAUGAUACAACUUAAGGUCAGAGCCAGGACUGAAAAUAUUCAUUAAAUACUGGUAUAGACCUUCUUUUGUAAUACACAGUGCUUUCUCUAGAUUGACAAAAAUCUCACCCAUGAGUGCUGAAUUUUUUGUUAUUGUGCUUUAACUGCAAUUAACGUAGAGGGAUACAUCUUGGAUAGUCCAACUUGCCCUCUCUGCAUAAGGCCCUGAAGGGAGGAGAGGUUGGAUCUGGCCGAAAGCCCCAUUUGCAGGCAAACUCUGUCUUGUCUCCAGAUACUGUAUAUAAUUUUGCACUGUAUCCCCACUUCAGUCGGAUAUUGUUCUGAUUCAUAUCUUCUUCAGUUCCUAUACAAGGAGCUGCAAAAAAGCACAAAUCAUGUCAUCAUAGAGAUUAAUUUGACAAUGAGGAGUUCACUUGACAAAUAAAACUUUUGGGUUGUGCCCAAAGUUAGUCAUACCCAUUGAAAUCAAUUGAGGUUCAUAAUGUAGUCCCAUCCAUCAGUCUCCUCUGAGAAAACCUACCGUACUUUUUGCUCUAUAAGACUCACUUUUUCCCUCCUAAAAAGUAAGGGGAAAUGUGUGUGCGUCUUAUGGAGCAAAUGCAGGCUGCGCAGCUAUCCCAGAAGCCAGAACAGCAAGAGGGAUUGCUGCUUUCACUGCGCAGUGAUCCCUCUUGCUGUUCUGGCUUCUGAGAUUCAGAAUAUAUUUUUUUCUUGUUUUCCUCCUCCAAAAACUAGGUGCAUCUUGUGGUCUGGUGCAUCCUAUAGAGCGAAAAAUACGGUAAGUGAAAGUUAGUUGAAUACAAUGCUUUGCUUGUAGGGUAUGAAUGGCUUGUGAUGAAAUGGACUAAUAAAUUGACAGACUACAUAUGCAGGAUUUUUAUAUUAUUCAUCCAUUUGGCCAAGAACUAUUUCUUCAACUUCUCAGGCUAAAGUCUUUACAAGCCAUGCACACAGAGAUUAUUUUAACUGAAACCAGACCCUUCUGCGGGCAUAUUAUGUUCAUUGCCACUGACCAUUCUCAAAAGAGCAACUCUAAUUUGCCUGGCUGUGUGCACAGAUCCAGAGAGUGAACUGGAGAUGCAGAAAUACAGAGGUGGAAGGGACUUGGAAAUUGUUUCUAGUCCAACCCCUUGCUAUAAUAAUAAUAAUAAUAAUAAAAAAAAAAAAAAAAAUAAAAAACAACCAUCUGGCUGGGUUUCCCCAGCCACUCUGGGCAGCUCCCAACAGAAUAUUAAAACAUGAUAAAGCAUCAAACAUUAAAAACUUCCCUAAAAAGGACUGCCUUCAGAUGUCUUCUAAAAGUCAGAUAGUUGUUUAUUUCCUUGGCAUCUAGUGGGAUGCAGACUGGUGGCUGGAAGUGGCAGAGGGUCUUUUCGGUAGUGGCGUUCGCCCUGUGGAGCGCCCUCCCUUCAGAGGUCAAGGAAAUGAACAACUAUCUGACUUUUAGAAGACAUCUGAAGGCAGCCCUGUUUAAGGAAGUUUUUAAUGUUUGAUAUUUUAUCGUGUUUUUAAUAUUCUGUUGGGAGCAGCCCAGAGUGGUUGGGGAAACCCAGUCAGAUGGGCAGCAUACAAAUAAUAAAAUUAUUAUUAUUAUUAUUAUUAUUAUUAUUACUAAAUGAGGAAUUGGAACUCAUGACUCCAAUCAUUUUGCCUUAUGGGAAUGCUAUCUGUAGUUCCUGGGAGGAUCUGGGAUGGAAAAAUGCCAGCUGACAUCACACUUGUGCCACCAAGUCACAGGUUUUUGAACUUAGAGAAUAUCCUUCAAUGAAACAGCAAAAGCAAAGAUUUACAGAAAUUUCCUGUACCUAUGCAUGUUGGUGUAUCUGUCCAAUGCCCGUUGACACAUUGUACAUAUUGAUUUCCUUGCAUAUUGUGGAAAGCUUGACACUUAUACUGUACUUGCGCCCCUGGCAUAUAUUCCGAAGUUGCCGUGCCCAGAAAGUCUCCAUUUUCAAUAGGAGGUGGAGGACCACAUUUUCCCGCAGCAUCUGUCGUGAUGCAUUGAAACAGAAAAAGGAAUCUAUUACAUGGCACUUACUAGGAUUACACAUAUGGCUGUCCACACAAGUAUUUCUAUAAUUCAGCUUAAUUAUUUAAUUUAAAAAUUAAUAUAUAUAUUUAUAUAUGGGACACGGGUGGCGCUGUGGGCUAAACCACAGAGCCUAGGACUUGCCAAUCAGAAGAUCGGCAGUUCAAAUCUCCAUGACAGGGUGAGCUCCUGUUGCUCGGUCCCUGCUCCUGCCAACCUAGCAGUUCGAAAGCAUGUCAAAGUGCAAGUAGAUAAAUAGAUACCACUCUGGCAGGAAGGUAAACGGCGUUUCUGUGCGCUGCUCUGGUUCGCCAGAAGCGGCUUUGUCAUGCUGGCUACAUGACCCGGAAGCUGUACGCCGGCUUCCUCGGCCAAUAAAGCGAGAUGAGCACCGCAACCCCAGAGUUGGUCACGACUGGACCUAAUAGUCAGGGGUCCCUUUACCUUUGUGUGUGUGUGUGUGUGUGUGUGUGUGUGUGUGUGUGUAUAUAUGGCUCAUCCACAUACGCUGUGCCUACAAAGCACAAGUCCUGGCAGUUUCCCAGUUGACUCACACUUUCUAACCAUGGGUCCAAGGAGUUUUCCCCUUGCCCCCCUCCCUUCCAAGGGAAAACCCACUCUUUAGUGAUAUAUCAGAACAAAUGGCAAUCUGGGGGAAACCCAGAAUCCUGUUAGCUCCGAUUGAGCACUAAAGAGCAGUUUCUUUCCAGGGGGUGACAGAAACAGCAGAACAAGGGGAGGUGUGGAUACGCCACUCUGUAUAUACAUAUGUAUAUACAUACAUACUGAUGCAGACCACUAAAAAACCCAGCAACAAUAAUGUACAUCAACCCUUCAAUAAUUGUGCUAAGACCUACAGAUUCCACUUACUGCUGCACCGUGGUAGAGGUGACCAUCCAUUCCUUGUGCAUUCUGCUAUAUUUUGUCCAUCAGCUAGAUGAAAUCCACUGUCACACUGAAUUUGAAUUAGAUCCUCACCAUGAUAUAUAUUCCUUCGAGGUCUAAAAGUGCCAUGAGCCACCUUUGGAGGGUUACAUGUAAUUUCUAUUUAAAAAAACAAUGAAGUAAACAUGUGACAUGGAAACAGAAAAACAAGUGGCAAAACCACCUGGAUUAGAAGCGCUGCUUUCUCUCUGUAUAUGAAGAGUUGUAGCUGUUGUUGUUUUAAGCCAAUCUAUUUAUCUAGUAGUAUCAGGGCAAAAAAGACAAAUCCGACAAUUUAAAUUUCAACAGGGGCACAGGAUAGAAAGAAGAAAGGCAAAGAUAGCAAUGACACAAGGAAGAAGUGGAAUGGAGAGACAAAUGUCACUGGAGAGGAAUAUGAGAAAAUGCACCUAUUAUGUGGUCAUUGUUUUGACGAAGGAUGAGGGGUGUGGAGUUCAGACAAAGGUUUCACUGAAGACAUGAGUUCUGAAGAAGUUGGAAAGAGAAACCGCUGGUCAUCAUGCAUGAUGAUUUUAAUUUCAGGGAUUGAGUUAUGAAGCCCACAUAACCAUUGCAGGGCUACAGAACACCACGUUUUCAGAAGCAGGAAAAAAAGAUUUAGAAGAACAAACUAAGGAAG